AUGAGUACUGGUGCUGCAGCCAAAAACUUCUAUCAGGUAGUCAAAUCGGCUCCAAAAGGCCGUUUCAAGGGAAUCAAACGUGACUACACAGUUGAAGAUGUUCUCAAACUUCGUGGAUCUAUUGACAUUGACUACACACUUGCCACACGUGGAGCCAACAAACUCUGGCAACUUCUUCACACAGAACCAUUCGUGCCAGCACUUGGAGCACAGACUGGAAACCAAGCAACUCAAAUGGUCAGAGCUGGACUCAAGGCUAUUUAUUUAUCAGGAUGGCAAGUUGCCGCAGACGCCAACUCUGCAGGAGACAUGUAUCCUGAUCAAUCGUUGUAUCCAGCAAACUCAGGACCAGAUCUCGCCAGAAGAAUCAACAGAUCUUUGAGAAGAGCUGAUCAAAUCGAAGCCUGUGAAGCCGAAGACUAUCUUGCCACUCGUGAUUGGUAUGCUCCAAUUGUUGCUGAUGCUGAAGCUGGAUUCGGAGGAGCUCUCAAUUGUUUUGAAUUGAUGAAGGCCUACAUUGAAGCAGGAGCCGCUGGAGUUCAUUACGAAGAUCAACUCGGAUCAGAGAAAAAAUGCGGGCAUAUGGGAGGAAAAGUUUUGAUUCCAACUGCACAACACAUUCGCCAUUUGAAUGCAUCCCGUUUGGCUGCUGAUGUCUGUGGAGUUCCAACUAUCAUUGUCGCUAGAACUGAUGCUGAAUCCUCCAGACUUUUGACAUCUGACAUUGAUCCAAGAGAUCAUCCAUACAUUGAUUAUGAAUCUGGAAGAACUAUCGAAGGAUUCUACAGACUCAAGGAUUCCACUGCCAUCCAAUAUUGUGUUGACCGUGCUAUUCAAUAUGCUCCAUACUGUGACCUCAUCUGGAUGGAAACAUCUCAUCCAACAAUCGCUGAUGCCCGUGAGUUCGCUGAAGGUGUUCACAAACAGUACCCAGACAAGAUGUUCGCUUACAACUGCUCUCCAUCGUUCAACUGGAAGAAGCAUCUGUCUCCAUCUCAGAUGGAGAAGUUCCAGAAGGAAUUGGGAGCUAUGGGAUUCAAAUAUCAAUUCAUCACUCUUGCCGGAUUCCACGCCAACAGUUACAGCAUGUUCGAUUUGGCUCGUAACUACAAGGAACAUGGAAUGUUGGCUUAUUCUGCUCUCCAAGAAGGAGAAUUCGCAGCUGAGAAGCAUGGAUACACUGCCGUCAAGCAUCAAAGAGAAGUCGGAACUGGAUAUUUCGAUGCCGUCAGUCGUGCUAUUACUGGAGGACUCUCUUCCACAACUGCCUUAUCUGGAUCGACCGAAGAAGCUCAAUUCCAAACCGCCGUUGCUUCUGAAGAUGAGGAAAUUCUUUCGCUCACCGCCCAAAAUGUUGCUGGAGACGAGAAGAUUCUCACUCCAGACGCCCUUCGCUUCUUGCAUGACCUCAACACUGAAUUCAACCCACGUCGUUUGAGACUUCUCUCCAAACGUCGUCAAGUUCAGGAUGAUAUCAACAACUCUAUCUGGUUCCCAGAUUUCAACAAAGAGACCGAAGUCCUUCGUAGUGAUCAAGGAUGGAAGGGAGCUGAAAUUCCACGCGACUUGCAAGACCGUAGAGUGGAAAUCACUGGACCAACUGAUCGUAAGAUGGUCAUCAACGCUAUGAACUCUGGAGCCAACGUCUUCAUGGCUGACUUCGAGGACUCUAACUCUCCAACAUGGAGAAAUCAGCUUGAGGGACAGAUCAAUUUGUAUGACGCUGUCAGAAAGAACAUUUCUUACACUCACCCAACUACCAAGAAGGAGUACACUUUGAACAAGCAACACGCUGUUCUCAAGGUCCGUCCACGUGGAUGGCAUCUUCCAGAGAAGCACGUUCUCAUCCAUAAUCAACCAACUUCUGGUUCUCUCUUCGAUUUCGGUCUCUUCGUUUUCCACAAUGCCAAGGCUCUCAUCGCUCAAGGUUCCGGACCAUACUUCUACCUUCCAAAACUCCAAAGCGCCGAGGAAGCUCAACUCUGGGCUGAUGUCUUCAAAUACACUGAAGACAAAUUGGGAUUGGCUCGUGGAACCAUCAAGUGUACCGUCCUGAUUGAGCAUUUGCUCGCCAGUUUCCAACUUCACGAGAUCAUUCACUCACUCAAAGACCACAUCGUUGGACUUAACUGCGGACGUUGGGAUUACAUCUUCUCUUACAUCAAGACCUUCCAAUCCCAUCGCAAGUUCUUGUUGCCAGACAGAUUCCAAAUUGGAAUGACUGCUCCAUUUAUGAGAAACUACUCGUUGGAAGUCAUCAAGGCUUGCCAUCAACGUGGAAUUCAUGCAAUGGGAGGAAUGGCUGCUCAGAUUCCAAUCAAGCAUGAUCCAGCUGCCAACGACAAAGCUUUCGCUUUGGUAAGAGCUGAUAAGGAACGUGAGGCAACCGACGGACACGACGGAACCUGGGUUGCUCAUCCAGGAUUGGUUCCAUUGGCCAAGGGAGUUUUUGAUCAAAUGAUGCCAAAGCCAAACCAAAUCAACAAACUUCUUUCUCGUUCUCCAUGCACAAAGGAAGAUCUUACUGUCAUUCCAGAAGGAACUCGUACGGAAGUUGGAUUCCGUCACAAUAUUUCGGUUACUCUUGGAUAUCUCGAUUCCUGGCUUCGUGGAACUGGAUGUGUCCCACUCUACAACUUGAUGGAGGACGCAGCCACUGCUGAAAUCUCCCGUGCUCAACUCUGGCAAUGGCUCCAUCACGACGCUAAACUUGAGGACGGACGCACAAUUGACGCAGGACUUGUCAAGCAAACCAUCGCUGCUGAAUCCGAACGUCGUUUGAUUCGUGCCGGAUCUGUAGUCAACCGUAUCCCAGAAGCUGCCGAGUUGCUUGAGAAGUUCGUCACAGAGGAGAAGCUCAGCGACUUCUUGACUUCCGAUGCUUACGAUAAACUUGUCUCAGAAGGAUAUUAG